AUGGAUAACAAUAUUAAUAGCAUUCCAAUAGCCGAACAAUAAUCUUCAUAAAGGGUCUAGCUGAAUAAUUAGAAAAAUAAUAAAUUAGAUUACAAUUAACUUUUAAAGUAUUCUUAAGCUUGUGAUCUACCAAAAACAGAAAUUGAUACAUUGUUAAAAAUAUUCAAAAGAUUGGAUAUCAAUAAAUAGGGCUAUUUAAGCUAUCAUGAUAUGAUUGAUCUAUUAAAGGGUAUAUAAUUGUGAAUUGAAAAACUAGAAUUUGGAUUCUCGAUUGAUUAAUAAUGCAAGGAAAAGAUCUUUAAAGAAAUAGAGCUUAGAAAUACAUAAUAAUUAGAUUUUUAAACUAUUAUAUUUGUUACAAAAGUAUGUAAAGGAUUCGAAUAAGAAAAUAAACAUGAGGAACAAUAAAUACAUUUAAAUGAAUUUAGUAUUAUACAAAUAAAUUAUUUUAGUUGAUGCAUUUGUUGCUUUAGGAGGAGAACCUGAUGCAAGUGGAUAUGUUCAUAAAAAUAGAAUUAUUGAAAUAUUAAAAGAUGAAUUUGAUUUACAAUUUGAUAUAGAUGAAUUUUUAGAAUAAUUAGAAGUUCAAAAUGAUUAACUUGAUUUUGACAAUUUCAAAAGUCUUUUUAAAGCUAAUAAUAAAUAAUCAAUGAAAAAAAAUAGUAGUUUGCUUUCAGUAUAUAUAUCCAUAUAAUUAUUAGCUAUUUUCAUAAAGAUCGAUGGUUAAAUCUACUUCAAGUAUAUCAACAGUAAAAAUAAGAAUGAAAGACUUUGAAAAAUUUGUUUAGAAAUUAGAAUAAGAGGAUUCUGAAUUUCUUAGCUAAGCAUCCCCUAUUAAAAAGAACUGA